CAUACAAUAUUUUAUUAACGUUUGUGAACAACUUGUGCGCUGAACUUUUGACUGGGUUCCUGGACGCGGUUGGAUAGUUGGUGGUAUGACUUUUCAGUUCUUCCCGGUCAAAACCACACUCUACAUAACAAAUUAACAAUACUCCUUUAUGCAGUAAUUCCCAAUGCUUAUAGCCUCACCUCCAGUUGCGACUUGCAACAUUCUCACACAACAGCAGGCCGCUAGCUGCAGUCACCCAGCAGAUCAAAUCAAAAUGUCUCUCACCUCCUCCACAGCAACGCCGACGGCGGCGGAGGCAAACCAGCAACUCGUGGCAGCAGAUUCCGGCGGCGAUGGGAUACAGCCGCAGAGCUCCUGCGCUCCGAUUGUUGGACAGCUGUGUCCCGAGGAUGAUGGCCUGUUGGGCGGAAGUGAAUGUAAUGACGGUGCUUCCGCCGGCGUGAUUAUAGGACCGGGAGGCGGAGGUGGGGCUAGGAACAGCGCAGCCGGUUCCGGAGUUGCGACCGGAGUUGAAGGGAGCUUGGUCAUUGGACCCCGGUGAACCGGAAAUGUAGUUUACUCUGUUUGUACGUAAUUUUUAUUUUAUAUAAUGGUGAUCCGAUUCUAAUACGAAAUCUCCAAGUUUAGAACCUGUAACAUUAUCACUUAAUCAAAGACCUUAUUCGCAUAGUUUCCACUAUUUGAUUUGAUUUUGAUCAUCUCGCGCGAUGCGGCAUAUACAUGGUUUCUUAGUAAUAAUUCUGAUUAGAAGCCAACGGCGCGGUUCUCUGCUUACUCAACCUCAAUGUACCAAAACGGUCAAAUGAUAUAACAAAUACAAUAGUAAAUCACUCUAUCACGAUAAUUAGUUAGAAUGGGUUUUCUCUUGGAAUACAUUUAGAAUUGAAUG